UGUUUGUCAAUUAGAUAACUCGAAUCUACGAUAUCUUGAUUUAUAAAAAAGAAUAAAAUAUAAUUCAAAUGGAGUUAGAAUUGCUAAAGUCAGCCAUAAACCAUAUUUCAUAAUUACUGGUAAGAUUAAAAGAUAAUUAAGAGCAAACCCAAGUAACUAAAAUAUAGGAUCUAAUACAUUUGCAAAUCCAAAUACCCAUGUUGCCACAAUCAGAGACUUUAUUGGAUAUAACUUUUCUACAAAAGCUUCAAUUGCUACUGGGUAAAUCACAUUUAAACCAAUACCGUUAAAAAUGUUUAAUAGAAUCAAUGCCCAAAGAGAUAAGUAUUGUAUAGUAAAAGCCUAAAAAAGAAGAGCAAAGAAUCCAAUCAAGGUAGUUAUUUUUAUGAAAAUAUCAUAGUUUGGUUGUUUACCUUAUUUAGCUUCUUAAUCUAAUUUAAAAGAACACCAAAUGCCUGCCAAAAUUCCUGAUCCAGUAAAAAAGAUUCCAGUUAUUCCAACCUCUAAUUGUGUAAAUCCAAAAAUGUAUAAUUAUAAUGAUAUUACAGAUAUAUAAACCCAUGAAAUUCCAAUAAAAAUAGAGAAUGCCAAGAGAUCUAGAAAAAAUUCCUCUUUCUUAAAUAUAUUGAAAAAUUAUGCCAG